ACCACCAUCAGCAUGUCGUUCUCACUCGCCCGCCAGCCGCUGCGGGCCGCCGCACCACGGCUGUUGCAGCGCAGCGCCGUCGCCUCGUCGUCGCGCGUGCGCCACUUUGCCCUGCCCAGCACCUCGCCGCCGACGUCUCCGCGGCCGCGCAUGAGCGCACCCAACAUCUCGCCUCCCUCGCCCCUCGCCCCUGCCGCCGCCUCUGCGCCGCUCGAGCUGCCCGGCGCACCCACGCCGCUGCCCUCGGCGCCUGCCGAGUCCGGCUACUCCGCCUCCGCACUCCCUCCUACUUCCGACCCGCUCUUCAGCGCCUUUGUCAACCACCUGAUGCGCGACGGCAAGAAGGCGCAGGCGCGCGCACACGUGCUCGGCAUGCUCUCGCACAUGGCCCAGUGGCUGCACUCGGACCCGCUCGUGGCGCUGCGCAGUGCCGUGGCGACGGCGGCGCCGCUGACGCGCAUGCAGACGAGCAAGCAGGCGGGCAAGUCGGUGCCCGUGCCGCUGGCGCUGCACGAGCGCCAGUCGCGCCGCCGCGCCAUCGUCGCCAUCAUCGAGGCGAGCAAGAAGCGCGCAGACCGCUUCCUCGAUGCACGCCUCGCACGCGAGGUCUGUGCCGUGCUCGAGGGCAACUCGAGUGUGCUGCAGAAGAAGGAGGAGGCACACAAGGUCGCCACGCUGAACCGCAGCAAUGCCGCAGUGCGCGUGUAGGCGGAGACAGG